UCUCCCUGUACUCCUCCCCUCUGGUUGUUUUGUCCAUUUUCAGACGGUUCUGAGCUACACAGCUGGUAGAAAUGGAACUAAGGGGAGCCAUGGUUCUGGUUGUGUUGAUGGGGACGACAUGGAGCCUCAGUGUGACAACAAUCAGACCUGAAACAGUUUCCAUGGAUGCGGUGGCUCGUCCUGACAUGGCCGAGGAGAACACAGAGCAGACAGAAGCAGCAGCAGCAGAGGAGGCUGAAGAGGAUGUGAUGGCAACAGGUGAGCUGAACCCCAAUCACUACCCCGCCCAGAGGGCAGCAAAGGUGGUCCAACACUACCUCAACACCCGCCAUGGAUCCCCCUACAGACUGUUUGGAUUAAAGCAGGUCCACAGUGGGAACGCAGAGGAUGUGGCAGACUCCGGGAGAAAGUACCAGCUGGAGAUUUCAGUGCACAAGAUCAUCAGUAAUACAACAGAGAAGUGCUCGGCUGAGGUUUACUUUCCAAGGGGAGAAAAGCAGCUCCCACCUCAAGUGCAGGUCUCCUCAUUAGUGGAGCUCCCGAAAACUGAUGUUGAAGCUAAAGAAGGGGAGUUAUAUCAGGAGUACAGGACCAAUAAAACCCUGCGUACUGAAAAACGUCUACCUGACAGCUACGGUCACAUGGACCCAGAGAUGACUCCCUUCUGGCACCUCGGCAUUGUGGCCUCCAGCUUCAUCAUGCUGAGUGAAUCCACAGAAAACACUCUGUACAACGUGGCUCAGGUGGCCAACAUCACACAGCUGACAACAGAAAAUGACCAGUUGAAGUUUGAUUGUCACGUUCUGCUGCAUGACAUGGUGUCUCAGGAAAUCCCCCAGUGGAAGCUGCUGUUCACCUGGUCUCCAGCCGAGGGCGUUAAGGUGCUGCAGACCGAGAAGCUGCCUCACGUUCAUGAAUGUGAAAAACAUCCCAAAACCAACUGAUCUUUCUCAAAAUGAUGUUGCAACAAGUUGUUUCUUUGUAAAUGUUCUUAAAGUGAUGCCACAAUUUAUGAAGCAAGCUUUGCCUUUCACUCCUGCAGCAUAAAGCUUUUUAGAUGCA